CGAAAUUUAUCUAUUUGGGCAUGCGCAUAACAGACGGAAGUUCAUUUCGGCAAAAGCUUGAUAGUUAAAUUCUGCAAACGGGUGUUAUUUUAGGUUUCUUCACGAUGUCGGGUAAAGUAAACAAAGAACUGUUCAUGCAGCACAAGCAAUGGUGUGUAGAUAUGAUAGAAAUCAUAAAGUUAAGGAAAGCUCGACCAAGUCUUGAGCGAAUCGCCCACAUGUUGAAACGCUCUUAUGGCCUAACCGAAUCGGAAACCGAGGAGUGUCUUUCGUCUCUUAUGGAAGAAGGUAGUCUAACGAAAGUUGUGUUUAAAGGCGUUGUAAGUUACCGAAAACGGACAACAGGAGAGAUCAAAAAGUCCCCUCAGUCUGAGGAGCAUACUACCAGUCUCAGAAUUAUAUCGGCCAUAAGGAAAUUAACAAAAGAAACUGGUCAACCUGUUUCAUUCAAAACACUGGAGUCCUGGCUGAUCUCAAAAAACCCUGAGACUAGGCUCGUAAAAAACAGGCUGGAAAAUGCUAUUCAGAAGCAGAUAAAUGCUAAAACAGUUGUAAAAUUAGCAGACAAUUGUUAUACCUUGCCAAAUAAGACAGAGAAAAGUGCAGGUCCAUCCAAAGAGGAUACUGACAAAGAGCAAGUUGUGAAAGAGGAGGAAACUGUUGUGGAAACUAAAGAUGAUGAAACUGCGGACAUUAAAACUCAACUCGACCCAGAGUCAGAUAUAAAAAAGGAAAUUACCCCUGAACAAGAAAGCAUGGACAUGCCAAGCGAGGAAUCCUUGAAACGAGGCAGACCUUUAUCUAAAAGAAAAAAAUUUAAGAAAACUCAUGGGCCAGAUUUUGAGGAGAAUCCAUUACAGCUGAAACGAGCUGCAAGUAGAGAAAGCACCUCUGGGGACCUCACCUGUGGUUUUUGCGCCGGAACUUCAGAAGCCAAUAAAGAUGGGGUGUUUGAAGACUUACUGAUGUGUAAAGAUUGCCACUCCAGAGCCCACCCUUCAUGCAUGGACUACAGUCCGGAGCUUGCUCAAAGGGCCCUGAACUCUCCCUGGCAGUGUAUGGACUGCAAGACAUGUUGUAUGUGCGAUGGAGCAGAAAACGAUGAUCUCAUCCUGUUCUGUGAUGCCUGUGACAAGGGCUAUCACAUGAUCUGUCACAACCCACCGGUGAUGACCAAACCUAAAGGAAAAUGGGUGUGCAGUUCUUGCAAACGGAGCCAGGACAGAGCUGCCAACAAAAAUGCAACCAGACGAGCUUCAUUGAAAGUUUCGGAUCCGGAUGAUUCCAAAGAUGGAGAGAGCAGCAGCAAUCGAAGGGGUGAGAAGCGGAAACUGAGCAUUGAUGAUUCGGUGUCAUCGGUGAAGCGUUCUCGAUCUGCAGCUUCCACAUCCUCGACUGGAUACGAUGAUCACAUUCCUAGCCACACCGAUGGGACAGUUGGAGCUCCCUGUCUUCCAACCCCAAGUGCCUCCCCGCGGCCCGGAGACACCUUCGAUUACGAGGUGAAAAUGUCAACACUCAGUGAUAGAGUAACUAUUGGAAGUGACCAUAUAGAGUAUGAAGAUGCCACAAACUGGUCUAUUGAGGAUGUGGAGCAGUUCUUCAAUGAUAACGGAUUUGGGGAGCAUGCCCAUGUAUUCAGAACACAGGAAGUGGAUGGCCGCUCGCUACUCUUGAUGAGACGGAAUGAUGUUCUAACAGCGCUGGGUCUCAAACUUGGACCGGCGUUGAAAAUAUUCCAGAAGAUCUUGAGGAUACAGCAGCACAGUAAAAGCGACAUGUUUGACUGAUAAUAAGGCUGGGGCACUAGACUCUAGACUAGGCACUAAUUAUAGUAGUCUCCAUCAGGGAAUAUUUGGCUUAAUGCAUGUGCAUAAAGUGUCGUCCCAGAUCAGCCUGCGCAGUCCUCAAAGGCUAAUCAGGGACGACACUUUUAUGGAAUUUUAUUUGGAAGAAACUACCUUUAAACUAAAAAUAACC